AUGGCGAUGUUUCGGAAAAAUUGGAACGCCAAUGAUAGUUUUUUUGAUUAUACUCGAGGCCGGUUUGUCGUUGAUGAAGCUGAACAGAUGAAACAGCGGCAUGUUCGAUUUGAUAUGAACGAGCUGGCUCGAAUAGCGGCACAGUCUGUUGGUGCUAGGCAUUGUACGAACGUUGAGAAGUGCGCCGAUGGACUGUACAAUAAAGCAUUUGUAUUCACAAUGGAUGAUGGAAAACAAGUCAUCGGCAAAAUUCCCAAUCCCAACGCCGGAACGCCGCAUUUCACGACUGCUAGCGAGGUUGCUACUCUAGAUUUUAUGCGGACUGUUCUCCAAACUCCAACGCCGCAAGUUCAUGCGUGGAACUCCAGGCUUGAUGAUAGUAACACCGUCGGCGCCGAGUUUAUCGUCAUGGAAAAGAUUGAAGGAAUUCCCUUAGCGCAAUGCUGGAGGAGCUUGCAACAGAUUGACAAAUUGAAAGUCCUUAUCAAAGUGUUUGACUACCAAAGAGCGUGGUCAUCUAUCACAUUCACCAAGUUUGGAAGUCUCUACUUUGUAAAUGACGUGGAAAAUCCUCCCGCAAAAUAUCUCUACAUCGACAAAGAAGGAAAUGGUGUCCAAUGCCCGAAAUUUAUCGUUGGCCGGGCUUCAAACUAUGAGUGGUUUGAAAAUGGGCGUAACCGUAUCAACUGCGAUCAGGGCCCAUGGGAUACUGUAUUGGAAUAUAGGAAGGCCAUCGGUCGUCGAGAAGCACAGGCGACCAAGACACUAACUGACUUUCCCAGGCAAAUGCUAGCAUUGUAUGGACCAGCACCACUCUAUCAACCUCUUCCCGAGAAAAAACUUGCAGCAAUAGAGUCAUAUAUGAAAACUCUUGAAACCUUUCUUCCAAAAGACCCUGUCCUCCUGAAAGGUCACCUCUGGCACAAUGAUUUUCAUGAUGAGAACAUUUUUGUGAACCCAGAAAACCCCACCGAGAUCACUGGAAUCGUUGAUUGGCAAUCGGCUCACAUAGCUCCUCUGUUUGAUCAUGUUUUAGACCCUUUAUUUCUGGAUUAUCAGGGUCCGGAUAUUGGUGACAAUCUUGAUAAGCCUCAGCUACCAGACAACUUCAAGUCAAUGCAGGGAGAAGAGAAAAUAGCAGCGAGAAACCUUUUUCUGGAUAAAGGUUUAACGGUUGCAUGGCGCCGUUUAGUGAAAAAGAAAAAUCCAAGUCAUUAUAGUGGAAUUAUGUUCAGAAAUUCGGCUAUCGGAGUUUCACUUGAGGUUUCUCGUCGUAUCUUUGAAGCUGGGGAGGCAAAUUUUCGUGCACUUUUAUUGGAUAUCCGAAAUGAUUGGCAGAACCAGCAGUCUGGUGCCAGUGCGAAUUUGGUGCCGUUUCCACUUGACAUGUCAGAGAGUGAAGUUGCGGAAAUCGAAAAGGAUGCUGAAGCUGUAGAACGUGGCAUGGAAAUUAUGAUGAAUAUUCGGGGGCGGUUAGGGAGAUUAUGGCCGGAAAAAGGUGUUGUGGAACAUGACAAAUAUGAUCAGGUCAAGAUGAUUCUUCAAGAUAUUAAAAAGGAACUCAUCGAAGUCUACGCUGAGACCGCAGAGGACAAAGCCAUCUUUGAGAAGCACUGGCCUUUUUGGGACUAG